AUGAAUGAAGACCGUGAGGCUGCGCGACUUUGGCGCAUCAACCGCACUAUCCACGAGCUUGUAGCGGACAGAGGAUAUGAGGUUUCUGCGGAGGAGAUCAAUGUGGAUCUAGACACAUUUAAGGCAGAGAUGUGCUCUAACGGCAUAGUGGACCGCAACCGCCUGAACUUUUUUACACAGCAUCGCGAUCGACCUGAAGAACGUCUUUUUAUUUUUUACUCUACGGAACGAAAUGUGGGCGUAAAGACAAUGCGUCAAUUUAUCAACAUCUUGGAGGAAAAGAAUAUUACGCGUGGCAUCAUCAUCUGGAGCGACAAAAUGACAAGCGCUGCUAAAAAGGUCGGUCAUAUGGUUUCCUUACCAUCAGGUUAUUGA